AUGCGAGGGGACGCCCUCGAAGCCGCUUUUCUUCCCCUGUAUGUGCACAGGGAGCAUAAAAUACGUUCACCAAGAAUGCGUUUCCUUACGCGUUGCAUCCACUUUCUCACCGUCAUCUUCUCCUGGCUCUUCGCCGUGCCGCUCACUGUUUGCCGCAUCUACAAAUGCCUCUUCUCAGGCAAUAUUGCGGGUCUACUUUCGCUGCCACUGGAUGUUCUUUCCACCGAGCACGUCAUCCAAGACUGUAUCCAGGUAAGUUACAGCGUCUUCCCCCUAUACCUCUGGCUGAGAAUCCUCUGGGGCUCAAAGCUCUCAAGUGCAAAGUCUCAGACAAAUCAGACAGACAGUGGUGCGGGUUUGGCCCUGUCUCCAUUUAACCGUUAA